UUUCUAAAACUAGGCGUUGUUAUUCUUCGCUCUCAACUUCCGUGUUUAUCAAACGUCGACUGCAAAUUUCAACGUAUAUUCUAGCUUUACCUUGUAGAGAUAAACAAAUAAUUUCGUCACUUUUUAAAUUAAUCUUAACACUGAAUUAUACGGGAAGACGAAUGAAAUGGCUUACCGUCCUAAUGAUUUUGAAUGUGGCUAUGAUGAAUCGAGAUUUAAGAAUGCUGUUGAUGAAAAUUUUCGCUGUGCAAUUUGUCUUAAUGUUAUGAAAGAUGCCAGAAUGUGCCAUAAUCAACACAGUUUUUGUCGUGGAUGUAUUGAAGAACAUCUACGAGUUAAUGCACAAAGAUGUCCUCAAUGUCAAGACCGUUUAACUGUAGCUACGCUUCAUCCAGUGCGUGUUAUAAAUAAUAUGAUUUCUAAGUUAAAGAUCAACUGCGACUACGCUAUUCGUGGUUGCAAAGAAUUUAUAAAUGUUGAAGAUUUAGAAAGACAUGUUGAAAAUUGUGGCUUUGCUCCAGUUUUGUGUUCUAAUGAAGGUUGUGGUCUGGAAGUAAACAAACAAGACAAGAUUAAACAUGAAACUGAGUUAUGUGAAUACAGAAAGAUUCCUUCUCACGAUUUUGCGGAGAUAAAAGAAAUGUUUCAACAAAGUUUUGAGAAUCAAGUAAAAAUACCAAUUGAUAAAAUAAAUGGAAAAAUGGAACAAGUUAAAGCUGAAAUGGAUAAAAAACUUUUUGAUGUAUGUGGUCUGUCUACGAAAAUACAGAAAGAAAUGAUGGAAUCAAGGAAAGAAAUAAGACAUAUUCAACAAAAUCUUUCUACAGUGACCAAAGAAAUUAAAGAAAUGAAAGUCAUGAUGUUUCAAAUAUUGGGAAAAAUGACUAAAAAUGAAGAUAUUUUGAUUGCUGGAGGUGACUCGCAUGGUUCCUCAAAGAGUGCUGAAAUAUUUUCAUGGAAGGAGAAGAAAUGGUUUGAGAUUGCAUCAAUGGAAAAUAAACACAGUGAGGCUUCAUCAUUUAUUUAUAAUGAUAAUUUAUUUGUUGCUGGAGGAGGGUUUACAUGGUCAAUGGAGGCGUUGAAUAUACAACAGUCACCUUUGACAUGGAGAAAACUUUCCACAGAUCAUUGUAGUGCAUAUAUGUGUCAUCAAACUGUUGUUUAUAAACAACAAAUCUUUCUCAUUGGAGGACGAAAAUCUUACCUUUAUUCUUCAGAUUUGAUCAGUGAAAUAAAGAUUACUGGUACAACAUCUCAUGUUUUAAAAGAGUUGUGUCAUAUGCCUGAACCACGUUGGAGCCAUGGAGCUGUUGUUGUUGAUGAUAAAGUUCUUAUUUUUGGAGGAGAGGGAAAAAAGGGAAAAGAUUGCAAAGUUUUGUCCAGUGUUUUGAAGUUUGAUCCAAGGACUCUUACAUUUAAGGAAAUGCCUCCAUUACCUUAUCCAUUGACUAAAAUGGCAACAGUUCAAUGGAGAGAUCAAGUUGUUCUUCUUGGAGGUUAUGAUGGAAGAAAAAGUUUGAACAGUGUUAUCAUGUAUAACUGUAAUACAGGAAAGAUUACAGUCUUACCAUCCAUGUUGGAAAAGAGAUCCAAUUAUUGUGCAGUUAUAACUGGUGAUACAAUUGUUGUCAUGGGAGGUGAGAUUGAUGAACGUAAAUAUCUUAAAUCAGUGGAGUGUUUUGAAAUGGGAAGUAGUUCUUCAUGGACAUAUCUUCCUUCAAUGAAUGAAUCACGAUAUAAAGCUAUUGCUGAAGUUUUACCUUUUGGACAAAUUAUGUAUAAGUACAAAAUAUUCUGUUAUUAAUCAGAUCAUUAUAACUCAGCAAAACUUUUUAAUAUUAAGUUGAACAGUGAAUAUUUAAAGUUAAAUAUGUAAACCUUCAAUGUUCUUAUAGCCUUUGAUUAUUAUUUUUAACUAUCCAAGAAAUAAAUGACUUUAGUAUUUUACUAAA